CAGGUAGAUUUUCUUCGUCUCGGUGGAAAAGAUGUUCUAAAGAACAUACAGGCCCAAUUAAAUGGAACGUACCGGUAUUCCUUGGGCAAACGUAUAAAAGUUACCAUCCUGGGAAAUGACUGCGAUGGAAUUGCAGGGUGUUUCCAUGCAGAGCUGGCAAAGCAACUGGCCAAAUUUACCCAGACAGGUGUAGAAGUCAGUUUACUUGUUCCAGAAAGUGCACUGAUUUAUGAUUGGGAUAAAAGGAGACUAGAAGCAAACGGAGUUACCAUUGUCAAAGCUAAGAAGCGACCAUGCUUUCCUGACCCCGUUGAUUGGUUGUAUUAUCCACCAGAAAAACUCAAAUCGGGCAUUGUAAUAGGAAUUGGUGCACGACUUGGUAAGAUUGCACAGCACUGGAAAGAGCGAUAUCAAUGCAAGAAGAUAUAUGUCGAUCAAGGCAAUGAGUGGCUGCUCAGUGCUGAUGAAUUUGUGGAAACUUAUUUUGAAGAUUUAGAAGGUUACAGAAAGGAACUUUGCACAGCUGCUAACAUUCCUGUUGCUAUAGGACCCAAGACAACUGAUGACCUGUCUGCUUCUCUUCGCUCAGAAGGAAAACAAGUGUUUGAUCUCACUCCUGGAAUCAUCAGUGAAUUUAGUAACUUGAAUCAUGCCACCAAUGAUGGACGAAACUGUCGUGUCCUACUUUUAGGUGGGGAUAAUCCUGACAAUUUUUUUAAAGAUGGGCUCAAAACGGCUGCCGAUGCAGUGGCAGAGUUAAAGAACAAUUCCUAUCAUCUUAUUUAUGUUGGUGCUGGGAAAGAAACAGAGCAGCAAUUUAAGGAUCUUUUUCAUAAGUGUGGUGUUUCUAAAAGCCAGCUUAGGAUAAGGAACCUUCCAAAAACUGAAGACGAGUGGAAAAAGCUGUUCUUAGAGGUGGACCUUGCCAUCAUGCCAUCUGGUGACAAGGAAUUUGGUUUGGAGGCACUUCUUGCCUUAUCUGCUGGGCUUCCUGUGCUUGUCCAUGGGGAAUCAGGAUUUGGUGAGGCUCUCAGGGAUGUCACAUUUGGAACAUCAGCCAUUGUGGAUUCUGAUGAUGCCAGAGAGUGGGCUUUAAGAAUCAAAACCAUCAGAGAAACGGACAGGAAGACCAGACUUGAGCAAGCAGCAAUGUUGCGUUCAAACUACGAUAAGAAGUACAGCUGGGAGAAGCAGCUCACACCUUUGGUUGCAAUGAUGUUCAUGAUGGUUUCUGGUAUGAUAUUCAUUCCUUUUUUACUUUGCAUUUAAUAAUACAUGUACAUGUACUCAGCUAAAUUUUAUUUACUUCUUUUUUUAAUUUUAAUAUUGUUAUUAAUAAUUAUUAGCAUAAUAAUUAUGAUAUUAGAGAGAUUUAGAGUCACGCUUACAGCAAACGGCAAAUGUUCAGAUUCAAGUUGCGAAUUUCUGAUCAAAAUAGAAAAAAGCAGAUAAAAACAGCUUAGAACCAUUCUAAUAUAAAAAUGGCAUGAAACUGCUAGCCUUUGUGUGAGGUAAUAAUAUACAGUAAACAACAGAUAAAGGGAAAAGUUGGUCAUGUGGUGCAAAUUCAUGUUUGCUGUUUGCCGUAAAUGAUUUCUACAAAAGAUUUCAAAAGUAUUAAAAGUAGCAGAAUAUCUAAGGAAGAAAAGGUGUGGAAUAUCUUUUAUCCUCAUAAAUUUUACUUAGUAGCAGGGCUGUCAAAAAGUUUUUAAGUAGCAGGGUGAUAAUGAAUAGUAGGCGGCUUUGGAACUCGCACAAAAGUCACAAGCUUUUUGAGGGCCGGGGCAUCUAGAGACAUUUUGAAAAUUAGAGACUCGGAAAUGGCAUUUCCAGGGCUUUUCUUUUUGUAUUUUCCACUGUGGACGCCAUGUUGUUUCGUCUGAUUACACACAAGAUGCAAGACUGGGAGGAACAAUGCGGUCGAAAUGUCCCAGGCAUUCCAUGACAUUGUACGGUUCGAACGUUUCACAGAUCUAAACCUAAAUAUGUGUUCAAAUUCAUUCAAAACUGGGAAAUGGAUGCUUUACAAUAGAUCUUAUUCGAUGGUGCUUAUUUUUUGUCAGCAGUUAAGGUAGAAGAAGAUGAAAGUAGCCAGCUAAGGAUGGCUAACUAGCUGGCGGUUUUGGCCGGCUACCGGCCCUUAUUGACAGCCCUGUAGUAGGUACUCUUAACCACCCUGUAGCUGUAGAAUUAAAAGUUUUACAAACUUAGGGAAAGUACAACCUGCAGCUAGGUGCUUUUGCUCCCCAAAAAGGGUCAAUAACAGAAUUUUGAUGAUGAAGGAAACCAGCCUGGGGAGACUUUUUGCUAUGAAAAGUCCUUAAGGAAGUCCUAAUAGCGCUCCUGCAAGGACAGAUAAAAUUAUGUCUUUCCCAGCAUUGGUUUAAUUCUUAUGUCUCCUUAGUCCCCGUAAUACAUGUAGAUUUUAAUGACAAAAGCAGGAAAUCACAUCUGCAGUGUUGCUGGUUAUGGAAGUUUUUUUACAUAUAAAAUUAAAUGAAAAUUGAAGAGUUUUUAUAUUUAUUUGUUAUUAAUUUUUUGUACUUUGAAGCCAGAUUAUGAAGUCUCUCUAGGUUUGUAAGUCCAUUAUAUUCUCACAUUGGCAUUCCCCAGUUACAAAGAGGUUGAUUAUAUUCAAUUUGUAAAAUUCACAUUUAACUUUUUUCACCUUGCUCUUAUGUAGAGGACACUCAUUUUGACUCUCAACUUCUUUAUUUUUGCAGCAACUAUUUUUGCUUUGAAGCGAAAUCUUUUAAGAAAAAAAAUUAAAUUUGCAUUAUGACCCUUGUUUGCCACUGUAAUUAUAUCCAUACAUUGCAGCAUUUGCCUGGGUUAAUCUAGUUUAAAUGAUUUGGUUAUCAAUUAAUUCAUGAAUGUAAAACUUUUUUACCUUGGUCUUAUGUAGAGGACACUCCUGAUGACUCUCAAACUGUAGUGAAAGAUGUGUCCAGCUUCCCUGUCAAGCAAACAGGUGGAAAAGGCAUCAAACGUAGACGAAUCAGUUGCUGAUCAACAGCAAGGUAAUUUUUUAUUACCAUACACCUUUUGUUCAGGAGUCCAGGAAUACGAUUUGGAACAGGAACUGCAUCUAGUUUCUCACACAUCUUAGGAAGUGACCCUUACAUUGUACAUGUACAGGUGUAGGUGAUGAUUUAGGUGCUGCAGAAGAGCAGCAUUUGAAUCAGUUUGCUUCACCAGUUAAAAGAAAAAAUAGUAAUGAUAAUAAAUAAAUAUUAAUAUUAAUAUUUUUCGGUUAUUUUGAUAAUUUUCUAGCCUAUUAAAGUAUCACACUUGCAUUUAGGUUACUGCACUACCGUUUUUAAUCUUCCUUAUUUUUAAAUGUUAAGUGUAUUUAAAUUUAUGCAUUUUUCUCAUUUUUCAGCUGAAGAAAGAAAGUCCACAGGCUUCAUCUUUAUUUCUUACUGGAGACAUGUCAACACUCAGUGUAGUGUACAUGCAUUUUACGGUUAUUAUUAUACACCAUCAGCUUAAUUAA